AUGUCGACCGAAGAUCUUUAUGAGGACCUUGAUCCGAUUCGCGAGCCAAGAAAAGCAUACUUAAGAACAACGGCCUUAUUGGAAAAAAAUUUCGGAUACACAAACCCCAAAAUUUUAGGCGAAGGCUCCUUCGGGUCUGUCAUUCGAUUCAAUAACCCUAAAGAUGAAGAAGGAGUGGCCAUCAAAUUACUUUAUUUAAGUGGGGUAAAUGAGGGAGAGAGAAAGCUAUGGAUAAGGCUCCGGCACGAGAAUAUUGUGCCAUUACAGAGACUAACUAUGUUCCCUACCCUCAAUGUGGCAUGCUUUGAAAUGCAGGUGUGCCCUAAUGACCUCUUGAGAGCAGUGCGCAGGAAAGCAUUCCGCGAGAGCCCUGAUUCUCUUGACCAACUGAAGAGAUGGCUUUAUCAAGUGCUAUGUGGGCUAGACUUUCUUCAUUAUAAGAACCUGUGCCACCUAGACAUUAAGUCGGAUAAUGUGCUCAUAUCGCGACGGUCAUCCAGGGCAAUGAUCAGUGACUUUACCUUCCUGAGCAAGACCACGUCACCCAUAGGAAGCGACGAAAUUGGAUUACCGAUCAUGUAUCAGCCACCGGAAGCCUGCCAGAUCCUUAAACCAGGCGAAUCAAUGAAUGGUCGCGCUUUUGAUCGCUGGACUUUUGGGAUAAUGGCCUUGGAGCUGCUCAGUAACUUUCAUAUGGCCCGAUCUUUUAGCUGCCGCCAUUUAGGAGCAGAGUUUCGCUACGCUUCAAUGAGGGGAGUUUUACAAGAACAGGCUUUCGGCGAAAAAAUGCAAACUGCCCUCCCCGCAGUGGAAAUAACCUCAGAUGAUGCACAAUUGGCCCUUAACUUCAUUCAUUGUUUUCUCAAAGUCGAACCAUCUGCCAGGAUUACUGCGGAAGUUGGAAUGAGCCAUACAUUUCUCGGCUAUGGAGAUUUCGUUAACGAUGAAGUUGAUGCGCUCUGGCAGCGGUCAAAUCCAACCACUGAAAACAUUUACGGCCCGACGAUAUUACAUCAUCAAAUAGAAGAAUCCAGUUGUCGUAGGAGAGUAAGCAAAUGGUUACGACGUCGCUGUGCCGCUCUGAGCAGGAUGAUCAGAAGGUGCGUUCCUUGUAUCCGAUAG